AUGGCUGAUCGACCCUUCAUAACCUGCCACGUCCUCGACACCAUCUCUGGCAAACCCGCCGCAGGCAUUGACGUCAAGCUAAAGCUAGUCUCUCCUGCCAAGGCCACUACGGCGCACUGGACAGCCCAAACGAACGGUGACGGAAGAGUGCCAGCGUGGACAUCCUCAGUCAACAUUAACGAGAUCGUCGAGAAGGUGAAGAGCGAGCUAGCAGAUGGGGAGCAGAUGGUCUGGAGUCUAACAUUCGACACCGAGGCGUACUUUGGCAAGAGGAAGACUUUCUGGCCGGAGGUCGAGCUGCGAUUUGCUGCGCAGAAGGAGGAACAGCAUUAUCAUGUUCCGUUGUUGUUGGGACCGUGGAGUUAUACGACGUACAGAGGGUCGUGA